CUAAAAUUAUUUCUUUCAUCUUUCACAUUCGAACUCAUCAUCCCCAUCAAAUAAAAACUCACCACUUCCAUCAAUCCAUCAUCCAUCACUUAACCUCCACUUUCCUUCUUUUCAAAAAUCAAAAAAGAUUUCGAACGAAAUGACUAGACCAUUAGAAGAUGAUCCUCCUAUCGCUGCGAUUGACGAUGGUGGUCCUGCUGUCGAUCCUGGUUUACUAGUAGAGAGACAAAAGUUCAACUACGAAGUCAUACAAGGUUAUUUCUUACAAAAUGGACCAAAACCUAAACAUCUUACAUUCAACGAAGUCCUAAAACGUUCUUUCGGUCUUAUAGAUACUUCAGAAGAUAGAUGGACAAAUUUGAAAUCUUCCAUUUCUAAAUUACAAGCUAACGCUCCUCCUGGAGUGAGUUACAAACUUUUGUUCAUCGCUAGACAUGGUCAAGGAUGGCAUAAUUUUGGUGCUAGUAAAUAUGGCGCAGAGGCAUGGGAAGCACAUUGGACAUUCAUCACCGGAGAUGGAGUCUUGAAUUGGGGACCAGAUCCUGAACUAACUCCUUUGGGCGUUUCACAAGCUCGGGCUAUACAAAAAGCAUGGAAAAGGGAAAAACCUUUAGGUGCACCGGUAUCACAUGAAGAGAUGAGAUGGUAUGUUUCACCGUUGACACGUACUGGACAAACUAUGAUUGAGUCGUGGGGUGAUUUGUUGGGUGUUCCGGAAGUUUGGGAAGAUUGGAGGGAGAUUUAUGGUAGUCAUACUUGUGAUAAGAGAUCUUCAAAGUCAACCAUCCGGAAACGUUUCCCACACUUCAUCAUCGAACCCUCUUUAGCGGAAGAAGAUGAGCUCUGGAGGGCGGAUUACAGGGAAGAUGAUAAACACAUGCAAGAACGUGCGACCCGAGCGUUGGAUAGACUUUUCGGUCCAGAGGGUGCUAAAGAGACCUAUAUCUCAAUAACUUCUCAUUCCGCUUUCCUUCGUAAUUUACUCGCUAUACUACGACAUCAACCAUAUCCUCUCGCUACUGGAGAAAUGAUCCCAGUCGUUGUUAAAGCAACAGCUAUCGAUUCACCUUCUUCAUUCAAACAUGAUUCUUUGAUCGAAGAAAAUGUUACUUCCAUCCAACAUUCUUCUCCUUCGUUCAGUAAUGAUUCUUCUCUUGACACACAUGAUUCAUCUACUAUUGGAAGUCAUGAUUCUACUAUUGACAAGAACGAUUUAUCCAUCUCUAUCGACGAAAAUGAUUCUUCUAUCGAAACUCAUGAUAUACCUCUUGACGAUCAUGAUUCUUCUCAUAAAAUCAAAAACACCACUUCCACUUUCGAUUCUCCCAACAAUGUCGAAUCUGAUCUUAUUUGAACGAUGGAAAAAGAUGUGGGACACAUACGACCGACAAAAGAAAAGAAAAGAUUCAUGUAAAGAAGAAUGAGGAAAAUGAAAAUUGUAUAUAUAUCAUACCUAGGUUUACUUUCUCUUUACCCACUCGGGCUUCAGUCUUCUUUUUUCUAUCUCAUAUGCAAGGAAAUAGAGAAAAGACAUGACAUGCAUAUUCCUUUCUCUACAGU